AGGGGGGAGGUGGCCCCCAAGACACGGGUAGCCCAAACACAACAGCAAUAGAAUCUAGGGGAGCAGUGAACGGUGCAGAAAAGCGCGUAGGGAGAAAAGAUGCAGCAGUUCACCUACACAAAGUGCUCUUUUGGUACUUUAAGGGCAAACGCAGUUGUGUGUGGAGGGAUUUGAAACCGCCAGGAAUAGUUACCGGAAAAGUGCGGAAAGAUUGCGCCAAGGAUAUCACUGAGGCGCUAUGGGCACGGCCAUAUGCACGGACUGGACAAGACUCGGCCGAUAGCGAGCAUAUAGAAACAGGUACCCCAAACAGUUUGGAGGAGAGCAGAGGUCCAAUGGAUCGCCCCGCACCUCAGCAACGCCAGGACGACCUGCAUCCCGCACUUUAUCACUUUGAGCCGGGGCAGCGUCUCGGUCACUCCAUGGGGGCAGAGAGUAGAAGUAAUGUCCGGCAGUCGGAAGGACACUACGUCCCGGCGUUUUAUGAGCGCUGUGACAACCCGCUAAUAGUGGAUACAACCGCCAAUAUACAAGAGGCACAACUGCACCUGGCGGAACGGGACGAGGUAGAAGAGCUACAAGAGCGAAUGUGUGAGCUACGUGUGGCGCGGGAAGGUGACCGUGGGGCGCACACGUGUGGGCAUCAUUUCGGACACCAGGAAUACACUGACACAGAUAUAGUUGGGAGCGAGUCCAGCACCGCGGAGGGUUCCGCUCGUCGGAGGGCGCUGUCGUUGCCCGUGGUGCAGCAGUGCCACAGUCUGGGGGUGGCGGGAGCAGAGGAGGACUGCACGCUCUUGUGUUGCUGCAAGCUGAAAAAGAAGGUCCAGUUUGCCGACUCACUGGGGUUGUGUCUUGCAAGUGUCAAACACUUCCUCCCGUCUGAGGAGCCCCUGGUGUCCCCCUCUGUGCUGGCCCGGCUGCAGAGUUACCCCCCUACUGGGUCCCUCCAAAGAGCCGACUUCAGCCUGUACACGGAGCCCGACAAUCCUCUGACACACGAGCUACGUGCUAAAGUGGAGGCGCAGGGGGUGUGCCUUGAGCAGGCUUCUGAUACCCAGUGGGGGGUUCGCGGGUGUGCGCUGGUGAGGGAGUCGGAGGACGCGGUGCAAGUUAAAAUCAGGUAUACUUUCAACGACUGGCUCUCACACUUGGACUGUCCCGCUGCUGACGCACCUACUCCUGCCCCUGGCCCGCAGCGCUUCCUAUUCACUCUCUGCUAUCCCCCCGCCACAGCCCGAGUCCAGUUUGCUAUUUGCUGCAACUUGCCCGACGGCCGGCAGUUAUGGGACAACAAUCAGGGUCUCAACUACAUUGUGUGCUGCCACCAGGAACCACAGCCGGACUUCCAGGCCUCCCACAUGGAGCAAGACGAGAGCUGCAUUGAGAUGCAUUGGUAGCAACACCUUCUGGGAUAAUCCCUUGGAAUUAAACACCUGCUUGUUUGCAUUUGCUCGAUAUUUUCCUCCCAUUUUUGCACAGGAAAUCCAUGGUAUAAAUGUGGAGAAAUACUAGCCCCUUGAUUUCACACGGGUGCAACUCUUUUCUUGCAUAGAGGCACUGACUAUUAGAAAUGUCUCUCAAUUAUGGCACAAUCCUGAGGGGGUGACAAAAUGCCUAUAUCACUAGCAUUAAUACUUGUCUGCAAUUGCAACAGUAAUCAUUUCAUGAAAUCAUCACACUGAUGUAUGCUACAUGUUAAUAAGCUACUGCACUCACCA